AGCUCACAAGUGUGGCUGACAAGUGAGAAAGCCACACGUUUAGAAGUGAAUUUAAUGCUGUCGGGACAAUCGUUCUUUCUGUAUUUGAUAACAUAAGAUGUCUUCACUCCUCAAGGUGGACAAUGAAAUCAAAACCAAGGUUGAUGCUUUCAGAGAACGGAUCACUGGAGAAGCAGAGGACCUAGUCGCUAAUUUUUUUCCAAAGAAGUUAUUGGAACUUGACCAUUUUCUCAAGGACCCUAUCAUAAACAUCUGUGAACUGAAGGAAAUACACUCAGAAAUAAACCUGACAGUGCCCGACCCAAUCUUGCUCUCAAACUUGCACGACGGACUAGAAGCGCAAAAUGCCAAAAAAAGAAAGCUUGAGGACAGUACUGCAGAGGAAAAGGUGACUGGCACCAAGGUAUUUGUCAUGCCUGGAGGGAUGAUGAAAAGCAAUGCUAAGCUUGUUGAUCUGAUUGAAAAGGUCAAACCAGAGAUCAGGACACUCAUAGAGAAAUGCAACACUGUCAAAAUGUGGGUCCAGCUGCUCAUCCCCAGGAUAGAAGAUGGCAACAAUUUUGGUGUUUCAAUCCAGGAGGAGACAGUUGCUGAACUCAGAACAGUGGAAGGGGAAGCAGCAUCUUACCUCGACCAGAUAUCAAGAUAUUACAUCACAAGGGCAAAGCUGGUGUCAAAAAUAGCAAAAUAUCCUCAUGUGGAGGACUAUCGACGCACAGUGACUGAGAUCGAUGAGAAGGAAUAUAUCAGUCUGAAGAUCAUAGUUUCAGAGCUUAGAAAUCAAUACGUCACGUUACAUGACAUGAUCCUGAAGAACAUUGAGAAGAUCAAGAGGCCUCGAAGCAGUAAUACUGAUGCAUUAUACUGAUAUCCAUCCGGCCAUCUAAAUCCCCAUUUUCCAUCCCUCUACAUUACCAUGCCAUGCUGGAGUUAGCCUAGCCCUGGUCUGAAGGAGAAAUGGUAGACGUUCAACCACUCAAACACAAUCGAGUAUAAAACAGUACAAAUUCAUAGCCUCUGUAGAUGGAGACCAUGCACAUAUUGUUUUUGUUGUAAAAUAUUGUCCUCGUUUUAAAUCAUUUGAAGACCUUGAAAUCUCUCUGUAAACUGAGGGAUUGGUCCUAGGGAGAAGAAAAAGCGCUAUGUAUUUUUUAAAUUUAAUUAAACAUUUUAUCCAUGAAUAUUUUUUGUGAAACUGUUUCAUUUAUGGCUCUGUUUUGGCAAAGACCAAGACAGUGUGUUAUGUUUGGUGGGAUUUUUCCUGUCUGCUUUAGAGACUGUUCUGCUUUGUUGUUUUUUGUGGCCUCAAGACCUGCGUUGUAUCAGAUAAUUGGUCAUUCUUAGACUAUGACAAAAGCUUUUAAGAGUAAUGAUGUUAGAUGCAUUUUACGGUAGUUUUACAUUUUUCGGUUAAGUGUUGAACAUUACACAUUUGAAAAAUACCAGUCAAAAUAAUCAUUCAGUGUGACAUAUUUCAAAUAUGAAGUGUUUGUUUAGGGUCAUAGGAUUAUAAACUCAAGGAAAAUCCCAUUCACCGAAGCAUCUCUUGGGUUUUAAGAGAUAUAUUCAUGGAUUUUACUGAAUAAAAUACUUUUUGA